CCGCCCGGACUUUACCUCCCGGCCGGGCCCGCGCCGUUCCGGGCCAUGUGAGCCGCGGGGCCGGGCCGCGGGGCCGCACCGGCUGCGGGAUGGAGCGCAGGAAAGUCUUCGUGGCGCUCGACGUGCUCUGCCUGGCGGUCGCAUCUCUGCCCUUCAUCAUCCUGACGCUGGUGAACUCACCGUACAAGCGAGGCUUCUACUGCAACGAUGACUCCAUCCGCUACCCCUACAAGGCAGACACCAUCACCCACGGCCUCAUGGCUGGGGUCACCAUCCCCUGCACCGUUAUCAUUAUCUCAUCAGGUGAGGCGUACCUGGUCUACACUGAGCGUCUCUACUCCAAGUCAGAAUUCAACAAUUACCUGGCUGCUCUCUACAAGGUGGUCGGGACCUUUCUCUUCGGGGGGGCCAUCAGCCAGUCCCUGACGGACCUGGCCAAAUACAUGAUCGGCCGUCUCCGGCCAAACUUCCUGGCUGUCUGCAAUCCUGACUGGUCCAAGGUGAACUGCUCCAUCUAUGUGCAGCUGGAGAAUGUCUGCCAGGGAGAGAGCAGGAGCAUCACCGAGUCCAGACUAUCCUUCUACUCAGGACACUCUUCCUUCGGGAUGUACUGCAUGAUGUUCCUGGCGCUCUACGUGCAGGCCCGGCUGGUGGGGAAGUGGGCCCGGUUGCUGCGUCCCACCAUCCAGUUCUUCCUCAUCGCCUUCGCCAUCUACGUGGGCUACACCAGGGUGUCCGACUACAAGCACCACUGGAGCGACGUGCUGGUGGGGCUGCUGCAGGGGGCUCUCAUUGCUGUCCUCAUUGUCCGCUACGUCUCUGACUUCUUCAAGCACCGUCCCCCCCGGCAGUGUGAGGAGAAGGACCCGGAGCGCAAGCCCAGCCUGCCCCUCACCCUGAGCGACCCCGACCACAAUCACUACAGCUACCGGGGUGCCCCGUGAAGCCGGGCUGCAGAGCUGCCUCUCGCCGUGCUCCUGGCUCCGGGGACAGGGACGCUGGCUCUGUAUUAACCAUUGGCUCCACGGCUCUGGUGCCUCUGGCUGACACAAGUGGGACGGCCCUGCCUGUUCCCGCUCCCGCAGUGCCCCGGCGCCCGGCUCCCCGUGCCCGCGGUGCCGGUACCCGGCGCUGCCGGCGCCCUGCCCGUGCGAAGGGGGUGUCCUCGCCCCCUUGGCGCGCCUGAGUCACGUCCCAAGGCUGCCGUCCCAGCCCUCUGUGCGGAGGAAGGGAGGGAGGGGAGGGUGGCACGUGGGGGUGGAUUUAUUGGGCUGGCAAAGCACACCGAGCGGAGAGCAAACUCCUUGGGAAGUCUGAGGUUGCCUGGGCAGAGUGUGUGUUGUCCCUGUCAAAUUAUCCGGCCGUACAAGUACAAAUCCUCGCAGGCGCAGAGGGAGGAGGACAGCUGCUGGGCUAGCUAUACUUUUUUGGAAAGGAUUAAAGCAAUCCAGAGCUCUUCUCUGCUCCACUGAUUACCUUUAAGAGCAGUCCUGCCCACCAGCAGCUGCUGUGAGCAAAGGGUACCUGGGGCAGGCUCUUCUCUGGCUGUGCCAAAUUCUGCAGUGCUGGGAGCCAGAGCUGUUUGCCCCCCGCCUGCUUCACGCCUGGCUUGGGCAAGGGGAUGCUCCAGCCUUUGUCCCUCCUGCAGCUUCAGCUGAUGCUUUAGGGUGUGUGGCGGGGCUAGGGAGAUCUCUUCUGUGGUAAAGGAAAAUAAAAUGGGGAUGUGGAGCUGUCCAAAUGUCCUGGGAGAGGUGGGGGCAAUGGGUACAGAGCAGUCCCAUCACUGACACGCGGCUGCCUCCAGCACAGCAGUGCUGUGGGUCUCUUUUUAAAAUACAUUUUCAUUAUGAUGUUGUUUUUAAAUUAGAUCAUCCUUAAAGAAUGUCUGUGUCAGGCCUGUUCUCUUUUUUUCAUGGAUGUUCCUGGCCUUGGAGGGGAUGGGCUGAGGUGUUUGGGGUUUCCUUUUU